AUGGUUUCAAUGAAGUAUUCAGUAGCACUGAACGCGUACCCGGUUUCCUGUCAUACUGCGCAACCCGGAGGUAAGGCUCGAGCCGAGGUGGUUCGGGAGGGAUGCCCUUCGAUGAACGAUCCGGCAGGACGUAGCCUGCGAUUGGUGCAGAACAUUUCGAAUCUUGGCUCUAUACAGAUGCGAUUCACAAUCAAUGAACGACUCAUGCCUUGGACUAAAUCCACGUGA